GGUUGCGUUGCGGAGUCUCUGUGGAGCCAUCGACGCUAGACGUGUCGCAAUGGGCGGAGGCGCUUCGAAAGUGUCUGGACCCAAACUGUCGAACCUGUUGACAGGUCAGAGCAAGGCAGACAGAGUUGACUUUGAUCGCGCCUUUGCGAAGUUUCCACCGACACCUUCGCGGACCUGGGGCUUUCAAGUCAAGAACGAGGCGCUCUAUGCCAAUGACAGUUGGCUCUCGACCCAGAAGCGCAUCCGCAUGAGCGACAUCAAUCGCCUCCUAGGAUUGCGACCUUACCCCGGGAAACCUGCAGGUGGCAAGGUCCGUGACCUGGAUAUCAUCAACAUGGUCUGGGGCAACCCUCAAUGGAUCGAUCCCGAUGAAGAUCAGAACUACAACCUGAACUUCACGCGGCAGCAGCACCAUGACAUGGGACCACAAGGACUUGUGCUGUCCGCAGUCUCUACCGAAGUUCUGGCAGAUGAGAGACACAAGCUCCAGUCUCAACGCCUGAGAUGGACUCGCUUCCUGUAAUUUCUUUAUGUAUGUAGUUUAUUUUGAGAGUGUUGACAUGGGUCAAAAUUGAAGACACCUCCAUCAUUGAAAAGUAGGAAACCCUUGCAGAUAGCCAUGUCCAAGAGAAGAUAAGCUCGCAGCGCUUUCCUGUUGCCUUGAUUCACUUGUCAAGAUGACCAGUUGAUCUACAGUUCGCGGGUAAUCUUCACCCUACCCAUUGUCUUGAUCCGAGAGUCAACCUAGGGCCCAAAGUCAGGCUCUAAGUCUCCCUGGCACUAGCUGAAGUGUGGACCACGCAAAGGUUGUGACCCCGCGAUUUUCCAUGGAGUUUCUUGCCAGACUGGUGAUUUCUGAUGGUCUCCUGUGAUGAACAGGUCAUGAGGAUCGCUCACUGCUUCUCAAAGACAAGAUCCAAAGAGAUCUUCAAGUUGACAAAAGGUUGGUCUUUAACAGCGUGUUUAGGGUCAUCUAUUCUGCAUGGAAAAAU